AUGUACGGUUCACACACAGAAGACCCGUUCCAGGCGGGAACUGAGAUGGAGGAGUCAGCAAUUAUUUUUGAUGAAGAUGAUUCAUCUUUUACGGCCAUAGAACUGGACAAAAACCACGGGUUUGGCCCGAUACCAGAGAAACGCCAGAAACGAGCUGCCUUUGUGUCUGUUGGGUUGUCUUUUAUCAUCAUGGUUGUCCUCCUCGGAGCGUUCACGAAGCCAAAAGACGAACUCUACGCGGUCGAAGGCAACACGAGCAUGCUGCAUGAAGAUGAGAUGUUUUGCAGAAAGAAUGACCAGUAUUAUCACGUUGGUAUUUUUAUCUGGUCUUUAAAUCUUAUUGGUAUUAUCUUGGGAGAAUUUGUGAACCGGUCGUGUCUGAUGUUUGAAGAAUAUUUUCAUUUGUAUACUCGGUAUGGUGGUAGCAAGAGGAAAAUGUUUUAUGCAUGUUUCAGUGAUAUUUCAUUCAGAGCUGUGUUCUUUGCGACAUUGGUCGCAUUCAUUAUCAUUUGCAGCACUCUACUGUCUCAAGGAGCGGAAUAUUUUAAGUUUGAGUAUAUUGAGAUCAUCCUAAGCAGCGUUGGAAGCAUUACUCUUGUACUGUAUCUUCUCAGUUUGGAUACUUUAUCUCGUGUGCAAAUAUCCUCUUUGAUGGAAAAUAACAACAGAUUUGUCGCGAACGGCUUUGCAUGGUAUUAUUACUUCACUUACUUGAAAAUAAUUCUGCCAACAUUACAUGAACGAAUUGCAGACUCGCCGUGGAAAGACAAGUUGUCUUCCAACAAAUUGUUUAUCUUAAUGCCUCGAGACUGUUGGGCCCAUGGAAAGUUGUCAGAAGAAGCGGAAGACGGGAAGAUUGAACUUGUUGAAGAUGGUGUGAUUGAAUUUGAUGUUGCAAGAGCAGGACUUUCUAAAAGAUCAUAUCGAAGUAAUGUUUACAAGAUAAGCAUUGAUGGUUGUGAGCCUCUUCACGUCUUGGCUGAGUACGCAACACCGCUGUGCCCAAUAUACGAGAUGAGCCAUUCAGCCGAGGUGAAUCUCAGCGUAGAAGACCGGGACGAACAAGCCAAGUUGUUUGUGCGCACACUCGAAGCGAUCCUGAGGAAUCCUUGUGUGCCUGAAGUCCGGAAUAAAUGUAAGUUGGUGCCGUAUGCAAGACGCUCAGAUGUGCCUGUUUCCAAGGUCUUGGCUGAUGCUGUUUUAGAUGAUAUGAAAGAAAAUAGUUCUUUGGAUAGUCUUGAUGGAAUUGUGGCAGAAAAUACAUUUUGAACUUUCUGUAAAUAAUUAAUGUUGGUUAAAGAGAUUCUUGUUAGACAAGCUGGACAAUGCAGCCCAUGGUGGCCAUGUCUAAACGGAAGACAGUUACUAGAACCGCGCUAAUAUAGUUACAAGCGCACUGGUUAACAGAAUGACUAAAUGUUCGUUAUAUGUGUAGCAAAACUGAACUCAAACCUAUAUAGAUACAGUUUAUAUCAUAGGACUAGGUGCAUGUGAUUGAUUUAGAACUCAGGAUUUAACACCCCCCUGCUCUAUGGUGAAAGCACAAGUAAAGGGAUUUGCAUAAUUUCAUUGAACAAUAUUCAGUUCGGAAGAGGGCUAAGAAAGACCUCGGAUCAGAUUAUUUUAUGAAUAUACAGUAUGAACUGGACUGCGUGACUUCGCUGAGGAUUCAUUAUGUUUCUGUGUUAGAAUUAAAAAUGUAGUUGAAAUUUAUAAAUACUAUUUAUAUUAUGCAUGCCUCACGUCUAGUUAACCUAACAGUAGUGUCAUGAAGUUAACAGAAUAUUGGCGUAUAAAUCCAUUUGUCAAAUAGAUAUAUAUUUGGUAUCAAGGAACAACAUGUUUUAGAAACAGUCUUGUAUUUUGUAUUAUCAAGGCGAUUAUAUUUGAGUGUAUGUAAUUAUUUUGGCAGAGUAACAAUACAUCAGAAAACUAUAUGUCAAUUUCUUUAAUAUAU